UAUAAUUUUUUCAAUACAAGCGAUAGUACUAAAAGGAGGAGGGGAAUUGCACAAACACACAAAUAAGGUGUUAUGAGGUUUGAACUUGAGACCAUUGAUCUGCUAGUCCAAACUUUUUUUCAUUGAGCUAGAGCCGGUUGCAGGAUUUGUUUUUGGCAUAAUAUAUAUUUUUUCUUUUUUUCUUUUUUUCUUUUUUCUUUUGGCCGGAGAAAAAAGACAAACGAAUGCAAACAAAACGACGUCGUACUGACAGCCCUUGCUCGUCAGGGAAAUUUAAGCGAAGUUAACGUUUCAUUUGACACGUCCAAGCAAUAUAACGACCUUCUCUUCCUUCCCGCUCCUUUCUCGCCUCUCAAACUCAACUGAAUCUCUCCCUCUCUCUCACUCUGAAUCAUUCUUUGAUUUAUCUUCUUCUCCGUUGAUUUUGAAACUCUGCGCUGUUGCUACGACGAUGUCGUUUUCAGAUUCUGAUUCGUCUUCUCAUGGCGGAGCCACGGAGUACAAAAUUUUCCGUCAAGUCAGCCGUGACCGGUUAUUGCACGAAAUGCUUGGAUCAACCAGAACAGAGAAGUCCAAGUCUUGGAAGGUCCUCAUCAUGGAUAAAAUAACAGUGAAAGUCAUGUCCCAUUCAUGUAAAAUGGCAGAUAUCACAGACCAAGAAAUUUCAUUGGUGGAAGACCUUUUUCGAAGGAGAGAACCAUUGCCGUCCAUGGAUGUUAUUUAUUUCAUCCAGCCAACAAAAGAGAAUAUUGUCAUGUUCUUAUCUGACAUGUCUGGAAGGGAGCCUCUGUACAGGAAAGCAUUUGUAUUUUUCAGUUCACCUAUCCCAAAGGAACUUGUAAAUCACAUAAAGAGUGAUACAAGUGUUCUACCCCGCAUAGGUGCAUUGAGAGAGAUGAAUUUCGAAUACUUUCCUGUGGAUAGUCAGGCUUUUACCACUGAUCAAGAAAGGGCAAUGGAGGAGCUCUUUGGUAAUUUUGGGAAUGCUCGCAGAUUCGAUGCUUGCUUGAACAUAAUGGCAACUCGAAUUGCCACGGUUUUUGCUUCUUUAAAGGAGCUGCCAUUUGUACGGUACCGCUCUGCCAAGGCACUGGAUGAAUCUACAGAACCAACACCUAGUGAUUUAGUUGCUACAAAGCUUGCUGCUACUGUUUGGGAUAUAAUUUCAAAAUAUAAAUCUUCUAUUCCCAACUUUCCACAGAAAGAAACAUGUGAUCUGCUCAUAUUGGAUAGAUCUGUUGAUCAGAUUGCUCCUGUCAUACAUGAAUGGACAUAUGAUGCUAUGUGUCACGAUUUACUGGAUAUGGACGGGAACAAAUAUAAGCAGGAGGUUCCUAGCAAAACUGGUGGUGAUCCUGAGAAAAAGGAGGUUCUUUUGGAAGACAAUGAUCCAGUAUGGCUUGAGCUUCGCCAUACACACAUAGCUGAUGCUAGUGAACGAUUGCACGACAAGUUUACCAACUUUGCAUCAAAGAACAAGGCUGCACAGCUCCAACAGAGUGCAAGAGAGGGCAAUGAAUUAUCUACACGUGACUUGCAGAAGAUGGUUCAAGCUUUGCCACAAUACACUGAACAAGUUGAAAAGAUUUCUCUUCACGUUGAGAUUGCAGGGAAAAUUAACAAAAUUAUUAAGGAAACGGGACUUCGAGGCCUUGGGCAACUAGAGCAGGAUCUUGUCUUUGGAGAUGCAGGAGCCAAGGAGGUCAUCAAUUAUCUGAGGACCAAUCAGGAUACAACUCCUGAAAAUAAGUUGCGUUUGUUAAUGAUUUAUGCCUCUGUGUAUCCUGAGAAGUUUGAGGGAGACAAAGCUACUAAGCUAAUGCAGUUGGCAAAAUUAUCAAGCGAGGACAUGAAGGUUGUGAAUAACAUGCGGUUGCUUGGGGGUUCAUCAGAGUCCAAAAAGACAUCUAGCAGCUUCUCACUGAAGUUCAAUGCUGCAAAGACAAAGCAAGCAGCGAGAAAGGAUCGCGUUGGUGAGGAGGAAACAUGGCAACUAUCUCGGUUCUAUCCCAUGAUAGAGGAGCUCAUCGAAAAUCUUAAUAAAGGUGAAUUACUGAAGAAUGAGUAUUCAUGUAUUAAUGAACCCAUUCCAGCUCCCCAAGGGGGUAGCCUGAGAGGCAGCCGCAGUUCAUCAGCACAGAUGAGCCAACCUACCACUGCUCCUCAUUCAAUGAGAUCAAGGCGAACUGCAAAUUGGGGACGGGCUCGGCAUUCUGAUGACGGAUAUUCUAGUGACUCGGCUUUGAGAGGUGCAUGUACUGAUUUCAAGAAGAUGGGGCAACGAAUUUUUGUAUUUAUGAUUGGCGGGGCAACUCGAUCUGAGCUACGAGUUUGCCACAAGCUGACGACAAAAUUGAGAAGGGAAGUAAUCCUGGGCACUACUAGUAUCAUUGAAUCCCCACAGUAUAUUACGAAACUGAAGCUGCUGUCAGAAAAAGAACUAGCAUUGGAUGGCCUUAAAAUCUAAAUUACAGUGCCAGUGAAUAGCCAAAAUGUAUCUUUGCUCUUUGAAAUCAGAUUCAUCACCUUUCGAAGCACAGUUGUCUUUCAUCACAAGGACCAGUUUUCGUGCAUAUAUACUUUCUUCUAUUCAAUUUGUUCAUAUCCGAAGAAGGCGUGGUGGCUUCCAAAUGUUAAGGGGGCCAUUAGGAUGCUGCAGCAUUGUAAUAUUGAAUCAGCGCAGUGUGUUAAAUAUAUAUAUGUAAGAUUUUGAAGGAUUUCUUUCUG